AUGUUUUCCUCUGCUCCUCUCACCCUUCUCGCUACACCCAUUGACACCGUCUGUUUGGCUCACUGUCUCGCUAACCCCAGUUUUCACCCGUUCCGUUAUCAACGACGUUUUGUAAUUCACUCGCCUUUCACACAUUUAACCUGUCCCACUGUCCCAGCUAGUACCAUCUUUUUCUCUCAAACCAUUGCCCUAUCCCACUAUCCCAGCUGUCGCAAUCUUUUUCUCUUGCACCGUUGCCCCGUCUCAUUAUCCCAGCUGUCGCCAUCUUUUUCUCUUGCACCGUUGCCCAGUCUCACUAUCCAAGCUGUCGCCAUCUUUUUCUCUUGCACCGUUGCCCAGUCUCACUAUCCCAGCUGUCGCCAUCUUUUUCUCUCACAACUUUUCUCCACCCCACUAUCCAAGUUAUCGCCAUCUUUUCUCUUUGCACGUUGCCCCUGUCCCACUAUCACAGUUGUCGCCAUCUUUUUCUCUCACAACUUUUCCCCACCCCACUAUCCCAGCUAUCGCCAUCUUUUUUCUUUGCACCGUUGCCCCUGUCUCACUAUCCCAGCUAUCGCCAUCUUUUUCUCUUGCACCGUUGCCCUGUCUCACUAUCCCAGCUAUCGCCAUCUUUUUUCUCUUUGCACCGUUGCCCCGUCUCACUAUCCCAGAUAUCGCCAUCUUUUUCUCUUUGCACCGUUGCCCCCGUCUCACUAUCCCAGCUAUCGCCAUCUUUUUUCUCUCAAAUUUUUUUCCCCACCCCACUAUCCCAGCUAUCGCCAUCUUUUUUUUCUUGCACCGUUGCCCUGUCUCACUAUCCCAGCUAUCGCCAUCUUUUUUCUCUCACAACUUUUCCCCACCCCACUAUCCAAGCUAUCGCCAUCUUUUUUCUCUUGCACCGUUGCCCCGUCUCACUAUCCCAGCUAUCGCCAUCUUUUUCUCUUUGCACCGUUGCCCUGUCUCACUAUCCCAGCUAUCGCCAUCUUUUCUCUUGCACCGUUGUCUCUGUCUCACUAUCCCAGCUAUCGCCAUCUUUUUUUUUUGCACCGUUGCCCUGUCUCACUAUCCCAGCUAUCGCCAUCUUUUUCUCUCACAACUUUUUUCCCACCCCACUAUCCCCAGCUAUCGCCAUCUUUUUCUCUUGCACCGUUGCCCUGUCUCACUAUCCCAGCUAUCGCCAUCUUUUUUCUUGCACCGUUGCCCUGUCUCACUAUCCCAGCUAUCGCCAUCUUUUUUUCUUGCACCGUUGCCCCGUCUCACUAUCCCAGCUAUCGCCAUCUUUUCUCUCACAACUUUUCCCCACCCCACUAUCCCAGCUAUCGCCAUCUUUUCUCUCUGGCUUUUCCCCACCCCACUAUCCCAGCUAUCGCCAUCUUUUUCUCUUGCACCGUUGCCCCGUCUCACUAUCCCAGCUAUCGCCAUCUUUUUCUCUCACAACUUUUCUCCACCCCACUAUCCAAGCUAUCGCCAUCUUUUUCUCUUGCACCGUUGCCCCGUCCCACUAUCACAGUUGUCGCCAUCUUUUUCUCUCACAACUUUUCCCCACCCCACUAUCCAAGCUAUCGCCAUCUUUUUCUCUUGCACCGUUGCCCCGUCUCACUAUCCCAGCUAUCGCCAUCUUUUUCUCUUGCACCGUUGCCCCGUCUCACUAUCCCAGCUAUCGCCAUCUUUUUCUCUUGCACCGUUGCCCCGUCUCACUAUCCCAGCUAUCGCCAUCUUUUUCUCUUGCACCGUUGCCCCGUCUCACUAUCCCAGCUAUCGCCAUCUUUUUCUCUUGCACCGUUGCCCCGUCUCACUAUCCCAGCUAUCGCCAUCUUUUUCUCUCACAACUUUUCCCCACCCCACUAUCCCAGCUAUCGCCAUCUUUUUCUCUUGCACCGUUGCCCCGUCUCACUAUCCCAGCUAUCGCCAUCUUUUUCUCUCACAACUUUUCCCCACCCCACUAUCCAAGCUAUCGCCAUCUUUUUCUCUUGCACCGUUGCCCCGUCCCACUAUCACAGUUGUCGCCAUCUUUUUCUCUCACAACUUUUCCUCAUCCCCCUAUCCCAGCUAUCCCCAUCUUUUUCUCUCACACCUUUGCCCUAUCCCCCUAUCUCAACAACUAUUGCCGUCUUUUCUCUCGCACAUUUGCCCCGUCUCACUAUCGCAUUUUAA